AUGGGAUUACCGAAACGGCCAGAAAUGGAAUACGAGGAUUUGGUAGUGGAACAAGAGGAACUGAUUCCCCAUGACCCGGAUGCAGACAUCCAAAAUCGUGAGUACAUGGAUAUGUUUAGCUUGCUUUUCAUGGAGACUGAAGGAGAGGAUCAAGAUGGCUUGGAUGAUGAAGAGAAGGAAAGGCUGCAGAAGUGGAGGGAUUGUUGGAGCAGAAACUGGAUUGUUGUAUACUGGAUUGUUGGAGCAGAAACAGCCCUGACAGGAUUCCCAGCCUGGCCAGAAAUAGAAGAAGAGGGUUUUGUAGAGCAACAACAGGAGGAACAGAUUCUCCUGGACGCAGUCAUCCCAAAUCGUGAGUACAUGGAUAUGUUUUGCUUCCUUUUCACGGAGACUGAAGGAGAGGAUAAAGAUGGCUUGGAUGAUGAAGAGAAGGAAAGGCUGCAGAAGUGGAGGGUAGAGAGCAUAGCCAUACCUACUAAUAUUAUAGAAGAUAAAACCCUGAUUCCAUAUGGUGGUAUUAUUUCCGGAAAUUCCAGUAAUAGGUCAUCUGUAAAUGAAAGUAUUGAGCUUGGACAUCGAGUUAAUGCUACAGAUUAUUUUGGUACCUUAUCACAAACUAUUACCAACAGCUUCAUUUUCAUCAUCUGUCUCGGGGGGCUUGUGGGAAACGGAAUGGUCAUCUGGCUUCUUGGCUUCCACAUAACAAGUACCGGUAAUUCCUUCACCACCUACAUCCUCAACCUCUGCAUAGCUGAUUUUGAAGUCCUCAUCUGUCUACUUGGUAUGGCUAUCUUUGGAUUUGGAAUCAGUCUCUAUGGUCCAAUCGAUUUUCUCUGUCUGUUCUCCACACUAUUUAUUUUCACAUAUUAUGCUAGACAAUUCUUAUUGGCAGCCAUCAGCCUUGAGUCAUGUACAGCUGUCCUUUUCCCCCUUUGGCAUCGAUGCCACCGGCCACCAUAUCUACCCGCCCUUGUUUGUCCUCUGAUAUGGGUCCUCUCCUUCCUGCUCUCGGCCAUUCACUUCUCUCUCCUCCAGACAAUGAGCUUUAGACAUUCUCCACUACCCUAUCAGUCUAUUCUGAAUGUUCUGUUUUCCACUGCAGUCAUGGUGAUUUCCACCCUAACGCUCUUCAUCCACUUCUGCUGUAAAACAAAUCAGUGCCAGCGAGGAAAGCUCAUCACAUCCAUUUUGCUUGUACUCCUCGUCUCCUUUAUCUGGAGCUUGCCUCUUCACGUGAUAGACAUAAUUUAUUUCUGUGUCCGUCCACCUCGGAAGCUAAUGCUGGUUGGUUUUGCGUGUUCCUCGCUGAACAGUAGCUUGAACCCAUUGAUCUAUUUCUUAAUUGGUGGGAAACAAAAGAAUGGUCAGUACAAGUUAACCAUGAAGGACGCCUUACAGAUGGUGUUUAAGGAUGAGGGAGAUAAUUUUGGGAGGAGAACAACCUAA